ACUGCUUUCACGUCAUCCUUUCGUAACAUCUUUGUGCCCUACAGGGAUCUGUGUGUCGAUGAGUCAUUGAUGAAAUUCAAGGGUAGGCUGUCAUUUCGCCAGUUCAUACCAACUAAACGCCACAGAUUUGGGGUCAAAUUUUUUGUGUUAUGUGAUGUGCUUACCGGUUACGUGCAGAACAUUAUAAUAUAUACAGGAUCCACCACCGACAUCCAGCACUAUGAAGGCCUUGGAAUCUCUGGGUCAGUUGUUAUGACAUUACUGGCCCCAUACUUGAAAAAGGGUCACAUCCUGUUCGUGGACAACUGGUACAGUAGUCCCACACUGUUCCAGCACCUCCUGUCUCUGGACACAGGAGCUUGUGGGACAGUACGAGCCAACAGGAAGGGAAUGCCAACAUUCACCAGCAAAAUGACAAAGGACCAGGUUGAAUGUAGAGAAAAUGGAACACAACUGGCAGUGAAAUGGCAUGACAAGAGGGAUGUUCAUCUUCUUACCACGGUCCAUCCAUCCACCAUGUCAGCCACUGGAAAGGUUGAUCACAUCACCAAAGAAAGGAAGAUGAAGCCUCUCUGUGUGCAGGAAUACAACAAAAAGAUGGGAGCAGUGGACAAGGCUGACAUGAUGAAAGGCUUUUUUGAUUGUACCAGAAAAACCACCAAAUGGUACAAGAAAGUCUUCUUUUACCUCCUUGACACAGCCGUACUGAACAGCCACAUUGUCCACCACCAACUUACGGGAAAAGUCAUCACAUCCCUGCAAUUCAGGAUGAACCUGAUGAGAGGACUGCUGGAAGAGCACAGUACACCUCGGUGUCCAUCCAAAGCAGGCCACCCUGCAUUGGACACUCCACUGCGUCUGACAGCAAGGCAUUUCCCCUCCGAAGUCCCUCAGACAGCUUCCCAGGGCAGCAGGACCAGGCGGCACUGCAAGGUCUGCCUAUCCAGCACUCGCAGGACAAAGCAGAGGCGCCUCACCAAAUUUAUGUGUGUGCCAUGCAACACUCCCUUGUGUGUUGCCCCAUGUUUUGAGGAGUACCACACACUGAAGCAUUACUGA